AUGACCAGCAUCUCCACGGUGACUGAAUUCUACCUCCUGGGGUUCUCUGACAUCCGGGAGCUGCAGCUGCUCCAUGCCAUGCUGUUUGUCCUUAUCUACCUUGUGGCCCUUCUGGGGAGUCUCCUAAUUAUUGCCGUCACCAACCUCGACCAGCGUCUCCACACCCCCAUGUACUUCUUUCUUAAGAACUUGUCCUGCAUUGAUCUCUGCUACAUUUCUACCACGGUACCCAAAUCCAUUGUCAACUCCUUGACCGGUGACAGCUCCAUCUCCUUUCUGGGUUGUGUCUCUCAGCUCUUCCUAGUGGUCUUAUUUGCUGCUUCAGAGCUAUGUGUCCUCACUGCAAUGUCUUAUGACCGCUAUGCCGCCAUCUGUUCCCCCCUGCGUUAUGUGCUCAUCAGGAACAAGACGGCCUGUAUGCACAUGGCAGCAGCGUUUUGGCUCAGUGGGGGUCUGCCUGGAGUCUUGUUUUCAGCUUUUACUUUCUCCCUGACCUUCUGUGGAUCCAAUACAGUCGAGCAGUUCUUCUGUGACAUCCCCCCUCUCCUGAAGAUCUCCUGCUCUGAAGCCCACAUUGCCAUUGACGUGAGUGUGGCUGCUGCAUUCGUCUUGGAUGCUGUCUGCUUCACUUGCGUCACCCUCUCCUACGUCUUCAUCUUCUCAGCCGUGCUGAGGAUGCCGUCUGCCGAGGGCCGAACCAAAGCUUUCUCCACCUGCCUGCCCCAUCUCACUGUCUUCAUCAUUUAUGUCUCUACUGCAGCAUUUGCCUAUCUCAAACCACCUUCAGACUCGCCCUCAGCUCUGGAUCUGCUGGUUUCCGUGUUAUACUCCGUGGUGCCCCCCACUCUGAACCCCCUUAUCUACAGCCUGAGGAACAGGGACCUGAAGGCUGCCCUGGGAAGGAUCCUAAAGGGGACAUUCCCCCAGCAUCCAUGCUGGGACAAAAUGCCUGUGUCUCUGUACCGAUAA